AUGGAUUCGGGUUUCUGCUUGGUCUCAUCCCUGAACCACCAAGAAGUUCAAAGCCGUUUCUUCGACCCCUCUUGGCUUCAAAUGCAGUCCCACGUUCCCAUGAGCUUCGUUUGGCCGAAGGAGUGUGUAGUGGACGCGAACGAGGAGUUCCAAGCCCCAAUGGUGGACCUUGGAGGGUUCCUGAGGGGUGAUGAAGAGGCCACACAAGUUGCCGUUAAGCUCAUACGCAAGGCAUGCUCGAGCCACGGGUUCUUCCAAGUGAUCAACCACGGGGUUGAUCCUCUCCUCAUUGGUGAAGCGUAUGAUCAAAUGGAUGCAUUUUUUAAGCUCCCAAUCAACAGAAAAGUUAGUGUUCGUAAGACUCCGGGUUCUGUCUGGGGCUAUUCUGGUGCACAUGCUGACCGUUUCUCCUCCAAAUUGCCUUGGAAAGAAACCCUCUCUUUCCCCUUCCAUGACAACAAUACCUUAGAGCCUGUUGUCACUAGCUUCUUCAACUCCACCUUAGGAGAAGACUUUGAACAAGCUGGAGUGGUAUUCCAAAAGUACUGUGAAUCCAUGAAGGAGUUGGGGAUGAAGCUGUUGGAGCUUUUGGCUAUUAGCUUGGGAGUGGAUAAGUUGCAUUAUAAGGAGUUGUUUGAAGAAGGUUGUUCUGUAAUGAGAUGCAACUUCUACCCCUCAUGCCAGCAGCCAAGUCUUGCACUAGGAACAGGACCACACUGUGACCCAACAUCUCUCACCAUUCUUCACCAAGACCAAGUUGGGGGGCUCGAUGUGUUUGCAGACAACACCUGGCAGACGGUUCCACCACAUCCUCAUGCUCUUGUAGUUAACAUUGGUGAUACUUUCACGGCAUUAUCAAAUGGGAGAUACAAAAGUUGCCUGCAUAGGGCAGUGGUUAACAAGUACAAAGAGAGGAGGUCCUUGGCAUUCUUUCUGUGCCCGAAAGAGGACAAGGUGGUGAGAGCCCCAGAGGAUAUUGUGCGUAGGGAUGGGACAAAACAGUAUCCAGAUUUCACAUGGUCCAAUUUGCUUGAAUUCACACAAAAGUACUACAGAGCCGACGAAGCUACACUGCAAAACUUCAUCAAGUGGUUGCUAUCCUCCAAACAACAAACCCUUUAA